AUGGUGUUUCCCGGGGACAACACCCGUACGUUAUUAGGACGCGAUUUCAUCGCUAGGGCUGGGAUGGUGUUGGACACAGGCCAGGAGUCAUACUUUUUUUCAGAUGAUCCGGAUAAGAAGUUGCCUUUCGCGAAGUCGUUUGUUUUAAACAGCGAGUUGAUGCGAGUAGAUGUCUCGGACGUCUCCCUGCGUGAAAAUGAAGGCACGGAGUUGUCAUCGGAUCAGAGGGCCACAUUCAACAAAUUUCUGCGAGGGAGAAAAAGGACCAGUUCGCCACUGAAGGACCUCCUACGGAAUUCACCACGCAUAAAAUUAGGG